UACACAAUAAGGAUAUAAUUGCUAUAAACCCCAAGAACCAGCUCAGUGUGUAUACGAUGGCGGCUGCACAGAAUACCACCUGGAGUCGACCCUCAGGCAUUGCGCCGACUCUUAUUCCCUUUCCCAAUGGAACCACCAUUCAGCCGCCCUCGGGCUCCAUGCCUCCAAGCAUUCCCCUUCCUCUUCCCACAGGAUCAGUGUCACUCCCGCCUAUUGUCACGACCACGAUUUCACUACCACCACUGAACACCACCACGCCUUCCCCCAGUAUUCCUCUCCCUCUUCCUACUGGAUCAGUAUCACUUCCGCCCGUUAUCACGACCACGAUUUCACUGCCACCACUAAACACUACCAUGCCUUCACUCAGUAUCCCUCACCCUUCAAUCAAUGCCACCGGUUCUUCUACUAGCUUUGCGUUGCCCUCAGCCAACACCACUGUGUCUACAUUCACCAUACCAACGCUAUCAAUCAACGCUACUGGACCACCAUCUAUCAGCAUACCUCUCCCUUCAGUCAAUGGCACAGUAACCAUACCCACGAUUUCCAUUCCAACAACACUACCACCAACGCUGAACACAACAUCUAUCCCAUCAUCAAACACUACAACAACUCUUACACUCCCUCCAUUUCCAACCGGUGGUCCCAGCUUGACCUUGACCUUCCCUACAGCGCCGGUGCCUCCGUCGCUAUCGAUACCUACGCCGCCAUUUUUGAACUCUACAACUGCUAUGCCGACUCCAACUGUUCCCUCUCUUCCAACCGGACCACCACGACCACCAUUCCCAACAGGAACUGGAGGUAUACUGCCACCUACCACCAUCAUCACGAGUACCUCAACUAGCCCAUCUGGAACCAUUCCCACUCGUACCACGCGUCCACCGAGACCGACACCUACACAGGAUCCUGAUGAUGAUGAUGACGACGACGACGACGACGACGAUGACGAUGAUGACGACGAUGACGAUGGUUGGAGCUGGUGGGAUUGGUGGGAGUGGAAGCAUGAUCAUGAUAGGUGGUGGUGGUGAUAACGCGAAUAACAGAUUCAGUGAAACAGGAUCUACUUUGUCAACCAGUUUCACCGGUUGCCAAAUUCUGGUAGACGUGCUCCAAAAUGUACUUCAGUCCGUUCGUUCAAAUGUUGUUCUUAUCUCCGUACAUAAUUUCUUUUUCCGGUCGGGUUUUGGAAGUGCACGUUGCAGUCAUAGCUGUCUGUCGUUUCAGAAUGAGUUUGAAGCUCUUUUUCGUAUUUUCAGUCAACCUCUUUUUAUCGUUACUCUGUU